AUGAGAUAUGCAGUAAUUUCAACACUAGUGCAGAAUAAAAUCAACCUUGUACAGAGAUGGUGCACCCAGAUUCUCUCAGCGCUCAGUUACCUCCACUCCUGUGAGCCGCCCAUCAUCCACAGUAACCUGACUUGUGACACCAUCUUCAUCCAACACAACGGAUUCAUCAAGAUGGGAUCAGUGUCUCCAGACACCAUCAACAACCAUGUGAAGACCUGCAGAGAGGAACAGAAAGACCUGCACUUCUUCUUCCCUGAAUAUGGAACUGUUGUAGAUGUCAACACUGCAAUGGAUAUCUAUUCCUUUGGGAUGUGUGCCUUGGAGAUGGCAGUGUCUGAGAUCCAGGGAAACUGA